GCAAAAACUCGCCGGGCUGCUUUACGGCACUCCCUCCGCCCCUUCAGGUGGGGAAGUUUGAAACCGGCAAACAUGGCGGUCUCCCACUGCUUCAGCCGGGCUGCUAGUGCCUUUACAGCGGUGUUGCUCUUUUCCUUCGGCUGCGUGGCCGCUAGUCAUAUCGAGGAUCAAGCAGAACAAUUCUUUAGAAGUGGCCAUACAAACAACUGGGCUGUUCUGGUGUGUACAUCCCGAUUCUGGUUUAAUUAUCGACAUGUUGCAAAUACUCUUUCUGUUUAUAGAAGUGUCAAGAGGCUAGGUAUUCCUGACAGUCACAUUGUCCUAAUGCUUGCAGAUGAUAUGGCCUGUAAUCCUAGAAAUCCCAAACCAGCUACAGUGUUUAGUCACAAGAAUAUGGAACUAAAUGUGUAUGGAGAUGAUGUGGAAGUGGAUUAUAGAAGUUAUGAGGUAACUGUGGAGAAUUUUUUAAGGGUAUUAACUGGGAGGAUUCCACCUAGUACUCCGCGGUCAAAACGUCUGCUUUCUGAUGAUAGAAGCAACAUUCUAAUUUAUAUGACAGGACAUGGUGGAAAUGGUUUCUUAAAAUUUCAAGAUUCUGAAGAAAUUACCAACAUAGAACUUGCAGAUGCUUUUGAACAAAUGUGGCAGAAAAGACGCUACAAUGAGCUACUGUUUAUUAUUGAUACUUGCCAAGGAGCAUCCAUGUAUGAACGAUUUUAUUCUCCUAACAUAAUGGCUCUAGCUAGUAGCCAAGUGGGAGAAGAUUCACUCUCGCAUCAACCUGAUCCUGCAAUUGGAGUCCAUCUUAUGGAUAGAUACACAUUUUAUGUCUUGGAAUUUUUGGAAGAAAUUAACCCAGCUAGCCAAACUAACAUGAAUGACCUUUUUCAGGUGUGUCCCAAAAGUCUGUGUGUGUCUACUCCUGGACAUCGGACUGAUCUUUUUCAGAGGGAUCCUAAAAAUGUACUGAUAACUGAUUUCUUUGGAAGUGUACGGAAAGUGGAAAUUACAACAGAGACUAUUAAUUUGCAACAGGAUUCAGAAAUCAUGGAAAGCAGCUAUAAGGAAGACCAGAUGGAUGAGGAACUAAUGGAACCUCUGAAAUAUGCUGAACAACUUCCUGUAGCUCAGAUAAUACACCAGAAACCGAAGCUGAAAGAUUGGCAUCCUCCUGGGGGCUUUAUUCUGGGAUUAUGGGCACUUAUUAUCAUGGUUUUCUUCAAAACUUACGGAAUCAAACAUAUGAAGUUCAUUUUUUAGACUUGAUGAUAUAUGAAGACUGCAUGAAAGAGUGCAACCUUGGAUAAUAAUUUAUGUCAUUAUGUAUUUUUAAAAAUGCGUUGCUCUUAUGUGAAUUGGAAAUAAGUAUAAGAAAACUAAAUUUGAGUCAACUAUUUCAUAACUUAAAGAAAAAUAAUUCUUAAUGCAAUUGCAUAAUGGCAUUAAAUAUAUUCUAGUUUUAUAUUUUCAUGUUAUAAAAGCAAAUGGGACAAAAAGAUAAGAAUACAUUGAUUGUUUUUGAAAAUAAUAAUUUCCCCUUAUCCCCUUUUCAUUUAGAAAAGAAAAAAUUGUGAAAACAUUAAAUUCUCACAGAGGUAACUUCAGUUAAUUAUGUUCUAUAUAUCCUUUCAAUCUUUUGACUUAUACACUUAUUUUUUUUUCCAAUAUGGAGAUCAUGUAGAAUAUACUACUUUGUAAUCUCUUUUUUUCAUUUUACAAUAAGGGAAAAAAAUUAACCUUUCCCUCUCAAAAAUACAUUGUGAAUGACUGCAUAGUAUCCACUGUAUGAAUGUUUAAUUCAUAUCACAGUCUUCUAUUGUUGGACACUUACAUUGUUCCAAGUGUUUUCCUUUGGUUUAUUCUUUACUGUAUUAAUAUUUUGCUGCCGGUCACUCAUGGAAUCCUGAAGGUUUAAUUAAAAUCAAAGAUGAAAAGUUGUUUUUUUAAUUUAUGUCACUGACAAUCUCCAGGACCUUAUUUGUUGUCAGUUUAUUUGGGAAAUUUUAGACCGUUAGUAAUUUUACGUAUUGACUGCUCAAGAGAAACAUACCCCAUUAUUUUUCAUUUCUUAUGAAAGAAACGAAAUCAGUAUCUUAUCUCUCAAACUAGGUAAUGUAGUAUCUUAUCUACAUUUUCAUUUCUAAGCAUUCUGUGAUCUUCCAGAAUUGGUCACCUCCUCUUCAUUUUCCAUCUUAAAGAGAGAGCCAACAAGGACUUUAUUUCAUUCUGUUUAAGGCAGACCUUGCCUACUGGCUCUAUCUAUACUUUCCCUGAGGAAAAAAUCCCUUAAAGUGGAUGACGUGUGAAGAAAAUAUGUGCUUAUGGCCUGGCUGUCAUGUCUGGCUGAUGUAUCCCAUAAGGCAGUAAGCCCCUUUACUGGUCUCUGAUAAGAUGCCAGAACUUAUAUCCCCAUCACUGACAUUUUAGCUUGGAAGUAAUAUUGAGACUGCUGUGAUCAACCCCUGAUAUUGUUUUUUCUUUUAAAACUUCUGCAUAUGAGUGGAGCAAAAGCCUAAAAGUUCAGUAUUUAUGUCUGGGGGGGAUACCUUCAAGUGUCUUAUCUGUUUAUCCAAGAACUUAAUGUGUUUAUCUUUAUUCAGUGCAAAGAUCUGUUUUAUAAUUUUGUUUAUAAUUGUAGGUAACAUUAAGAAGACAAUGCUUCCUCCACAAGAAAACCUCCUAAAAUUAAUAUUACUUAAGAUUUGUUUUUCCUUUUGCAUUUAAAGUAUUACCUUUUAAGUGCAUGCAAGAUUGUCAAUAUUUUUCACAGGUAAAGGAUUGACUGUGUUAUCUUCCUAGUUAGAUAAAAUGAUAUUGAGGCUUUUUGCUAGCUUUGAAUCUUUAUUUUAAUUGAUCUUUUUAUUGGUGUCUUAUAUAAAUGAGGAAGGAAAAUUUUGUUUGAUUAUAUGAAGGAUCUUUUUGUACAUGAAAAGAAGGGAUAAUAAACUUGCAAUUGAAUAGACUUGAUGACAGUAGCAAUGAGACACAAAAAGAUUGACCAUAUUGCCCUCCAGACACUCAUACAAGGUCGUGGACAUCAUGGUUAGGCGGAGCUAUUUAGGGUGGUAAAGGAAUUAUGAUUGUUCUUGAGCCAAGUAAUUUAGUUUGAAUAUAAUGAAACAUACCCUGAUGGUAAAGACUGCUAGAAAGUAAAAGGAUUUCUCUUCAGAGGUUGUAGAAGGUGCCCUUCUUAGUUAAAACCAAACUGGGAAAAGUAAUACUGUAUAUAAUAUUCAGGAUAAAUUUUGCCUCGGCAGAAUUUCAAAGGGCAGUUAUUUGUCUGUUUCAUUAUUGAAUCUUCAGAAUAUAGUUAAAGCCGAAAGCUUAAAAUAUAUUGUUUCACUUAUAACCAUAAUCUUUUUACAUACAGCAUAUUCUGCCUUUCUGUUUUAACUGUUUUAACGUGUGAAAGAAAUACGUUAUAAACAUACCACAAGGUAUGACUAUAAAAUAAUGAGAUCAGUAUCCAUUUUUGCUUUAUAGACUUGGCCUUAUUGCUUCAUUGUCACAUCUCAUACUCAAGGACAUUUACUACAAAGAAAGUGUUCUCCAAUAUUGCUGGUCUGUUGCUGUCUGCCCGGUUUACACAUGUACCUGCUACUUAAAUAGGAAUAACUAAAUCCUCUGCAUGUGGUAGAUGAGUAUAUUUAGGUAACAUUGUCAGCACAAUUAAAUGACCUACAAUUUAAAUGAUAACAUAAAAACAGAUCCUUAAAUAUAUAAUACUUGAGUCACAGAAGCUGAGCAACAGAAAGGUAUUUUGUUUUUGCCUAUCUCACAGUGUUGUGGUGAGAAUCAAUCAGAUGAGGUAAUAUUUUGACUAAACACUUUGGAACUUGUAAAUGUAUGAUGGCAUUAUUUUACUUAUGUCGGCUUAGGAGAAUACCAAGGGGGAAGUUAAUGGUGACAGUGUCCCUGUUUCUCUUGCACUUUUGUACCUUUCUAAGCUACUCAAUGUGAUUCUUGUUCUUUUUGGUAUUCUUUUUCUCCUCCCUCAUGGUGUCCUUCAGGGAGAAAAGGAAUGUAGAUAAAUGAAUCCCAGCAGACUUGUCCUGACAUUUCAGGGAGGGACAGUGUAUAAUGGUGCCAUCCUGCAAAGGCAGCCUGUGUGAGAAAAAGAAAUCAAAUGAUGUGGAUUUUGAAAUUACAAAAUAUAUUCAUUUGCAGUUUAUGAAAGGAAAAUGUAGUUUGGAUGUAAAGCUGAUUAAAUUGGAUCAAGAAAAAUUAGAAUUAAAUGCAAAGAAUAAUGCAUGCAUUUAUGGUUUCAAUUUUUAUAUAUUCUCAGCUAGUUGAAAAUGAUGAUUCCCACAACAAGCAUAACUCAGCUUGUUUCUGCUUACUGAGUAUUUUCUACUAUGGUAUAUGUUGAUAACAUUUCUUCCAUUAUGUAUGUUGUAUACCAGAGUUACAGUUACUAUGGGAAUCAUAAUUUGAAAUUUUGACUCCUGUGUUUCUGGAAUCUUUACAACAAAUUUUGCAUUAACAUAUACCCUUUUUUCAGUUCACUUUACCAAAAUUAAGCCCAUCUGUAGCAGAUACUGUUUUAACAUGCAAAAUAAAUAUAAACAUACCACAAGAUAUGGCAAUAAAAUAAUGAGAUCAGUAUCCAUUUUUGCGUUGUCACAUCCCAUACACAUUUACUACAAAGGAAGCAUUCUCCAAUAUUGCUGUUCUGUUGCUGCCUGCCCUAUGUACACAUAUACCUGCUACUUAAAUAGGAAAGCCUUUCAAUUCAUGGACAGGCUUCAAUUCAAUUCAAUCCCUUGGUGGUGACCAGGCUUUUAUUUUUUUUCUUUUAGUGUAAAAAAUGUACGAUUUUGGAAAUGUGCUGUGAAAUAUUUGGUUUAACUGUGUAAAUCCUAGAAUAAGGGGAUUGAUAUAGAUGAAGUUGUAACCAAGAAACUGGUUAUUAAAAAUUCAUUUAUUCCAAACAUGGAAA